CCUCCCGGUGGGCGUGCCCCGAAUUCUCUCCCCGAGAGACACGCGUGGGCCGCUCCCCUCUGGGAGGAGGGCUGCCCAGAGGGGUGCAGGUGUCGCUAGCGGCCCCUCCCCGUGUGGGGCCACGUGGCGGGUGCGGGCCGAACCCGAGGGGAAGAACCUGGCCCGUGGGGAGGUUGGGGGGGACCGAAGCGGCGCUGAGCGGAGCCGAGAGCUACGGGGUUCGGAGCAGAGGCGGCCACAGCGGCAGCGGCAGUAAGAGGGAGGGGAGGAGGCAGGCGGGCGCAUGGGGCGCCCCGGCCCCUCCGGCAGCGUGCCCCCUCCGGCCCGGCCGCGCUGAAAGCUACCCAGCGGCGCGCCUUGAACCCACGCCCCGGGGCCAUGCCGGUCAUGAAGGGGUUGCUGGCCCCGCAAAACACCUUCCUGGACACCAUCGCCACCCGUUUUGACGGAACGCACAGCAACUUCCUGCUAGCCAACGCACAGGGCCCACGGGGCUUUCCCAUCGUCUACUGCUCUGACGGCUUCUGCGAGCUCACGGGCUACGGUCGCACUGAAGUCAUGCAGAAGACCUGCAGCUGCCGUUUCCUCUAUGGCCCAGAGACCAGCGAGCCAGCCCUGCAGCGUCUGCACAAAGCCCUGGAGGGCCACCAGGAGCACCGCACUGAAAUCUGCUUCUACCGCAAGGAUGAAAACUCCCUUGGUAGAAGGGGAGCCACCUGGAAAUUUCGGUCUGCCAGAAGACGGAGCCGUACUGUCCUACACCGACUGACCGGCCACUUUGGCCGCCGGGGCCAGGGAGGCAUGAAGGCCAAUAAUAACGUGUUUGAGCCAAAGCCAUCAGUGCCCGAGUACAAGGUGGCCUCCGUGGGGGGGUCUCGCUGCCUCCUCCUCCACUACAGCGUCCCCAAGGCCAUCUGGGACGGCCUUAUCCUCCUUGCUACCUUCUACGUUGCGGUCACCGUCCCCUACAACGUCUGUUUCUCGGGUGACGAUGACACCCCCAUCACUUCGCGACACACCCUUGUCAGCGACAUCGCCGUGGAGAUGCUCUUCAUCCUGGAUAUCAUCCUGAACUUCCGCACCACCUAUGUGUCCCAGUCUGGCCAGGUAAUCUCUGCUCCUCGUUCCAUUGGCCUCCACUACCUGGCCACCUGGUUCUUCGUCGAUCUUAUUGCUGCUCUGCCCUUUGAUCUGCUUUACGUCUUCAACAUCACCGUGACCUCGCUGGUGCACCUGCUGAAGACAGUGCGGCUGCUGCGGCUGCUGCGGCUGCUGCAGAAGCUGGAGCGGUACUCUCAGUGCAGUGCUGUGGUGCUCACGCUGCUCAUGUCGGUCUUUGCGCUCCUUGCCCACUGGAUGGCCUGCAUCUGGUACGUCAUCGGGCGCCGGGAGAUGGAGGCCAAUGACCCGCUGCUCUGGGACAUUGGCUGGUUGCACGAGCUGGGCAAGCGUCUGGAGGUGCCCUACGUCAAUGGCUCAGUGGGCGGCCCAUCGCGGCGCAGCGCCUACAUUGCGGCACUGUACUUCACUCUAAGCAGCCUUACCAGCGUAGGCUUUGGCAACGUGUGUGCCAACACCGACGCCGAGAAGAUCUUCUCCAUCUGCACGAUGCUCAUAGGCGCCCUGAUGCACGCUGUGGUGUUCGGGAACGUGACAGCCAUCAUCCAGCGCAUGUACUCGCGCCGCUCGCUCUACCACAGCCGCAUGAAGGACCUCAAGGACUUCAUCAGUGUGCACCGCCUGCCGCGGCCGCUCAAGCAGCGCAUGCUCGAAUACUUCCAGACCACGUGGGCCGUCAACAGCGGCAUCGACGCCAACGAGUUACUGCGUGACUUCCCAGACGAGCUGAGAGCUGACAUUGCUAUGCACCUGAAUCGGGAGAUCUUGCAGCUGCCGCUGUUCGGGGCAGCCAGCAGGGGCUGCCUGCGGGCCCUAUCGCUGCACAUCAAGACCUCGUUCUGCGCUCCGGGCGAGUACCUGUUGCGCCGUGGGGAUGCCCUGCAGGCACACUACUAUGUCUGCUCCGGCUCACUUGAGGUGCUCCGAGACAACAUGGUGCUGGCCAUCCUGGGGAAGGGGGACCUGAUUGGAGCAGAUAUCCCUGAGCCGGGGCAGGAGGCUGGGUUGGGAGCAGACCCAAGCUUCGUGCUGAAGACCAGUGCUGAUGUGAAAGCUCUGACCUACUGUGGCCUGCAGCAGCUGAGCAGCCAAGGGCUGGCUGAGGUCCUGAGGCUCUAUCCUGAGUAUGGGGCUGCCUUCCGGGCUGGCCUGCCCCGGGACCUCACCUUCAACCUGCGCCAGGGCUCUGACACCAGUGGCCUCAGCCGCUUUUCCCGAUCCCCUCGCCUCUCCCAGCCCCGCUCAGAAAGCCUCGGCUCCUCCUCAGACAAGACGCUGCCAUCCAUCACAGAGGCCGAGAGUGGCACGGAGCCUGGGGGUGGUCCCAGGCCCCGACGGCCCCUCCUGCUGCCCAACCUCAGUCCAGCACGGCCUCGGGGCUCCCUGGUCAGCCUUUUGGGCGAGGAGCUGCCCCCAUUCUCAGCCCUUGUCUCCUCUCCUUCCUUAUCCCCGUCCCUGUCCCCUGCCCUGGCUGGCCAGGGCCACAGCGCCUCCCCUCACAGCCCCCCCAGGUGCUCUGCUGCCUGGAAGCCCCCUCAGCUUCUCAUUCCCCCACUGGGAACCUUUGGACCUCCGGACCUCAGUCCCCGGAUAGUGGAUGGCAUUGAGGACUCUGGCAGCACAGCUGAGGCCCCUUCAUUCCGGUUCAGCAGGAGGCCUGAGCCACCAAGGCCCCGCUCCCAGGUGCCCCCUACAGGGACCAGGCCCAGCCCAGAAUUGGCCAGUGAGGCUGAGGAGGUGAAGGAGAAGGUUUGCCGGCUGAACCAGGAGAUCUCUCGUCUCAAUCAGGAGGUGUCUCAGCUUAGCCGGGAGCUGCGGCACAUCAUGGCCCUGCUGCAGGCCAGGCUGGGUCCACCAGGCCACCCAGCAGGCUCCGCUUGGACCCCAGACCCUCCUUGUCCACAGCUGAGGCCACCAGGCCUCUCUCCUUGUGCGUCCAGACCAUCACCCAGCCUCCAGGAUACUACGCUUGCUGAAGUUCACUGCCCAGCCAGUGUGGGGACCAUGGAGACGGGGACUGCGCCCCUGGACUUGAGACCUUCCAUAUUGCCCCCCUACCCCUCAGAGCCUGACCCUCUGGGACCCUCUCCAGUGCCAGAGGCCUCACCCCCAACCCCAAGCCUCAUGAGGCACAGUUUCCAGUCCAGGUCAGACACGUUCCACUGACCCUGGCCCAGGGCCCAGGCCUGUCUGGGGUGGGCAUUGCCACUCACCACUCAGGGAGGACCUGGGCCCCUUGGCUUCCUGCCUUGGGGUCAGCAGCCACCAGCUGGCCUGGUUGGCUCUGGAUUUCUGGACUUUUUAACCAAGCGUGGUUACCUC